GCACUGUGGCGGCGGCGGCAAGUGGAAGCACCUGCACCGCGUCGUUAUCCCGAGGUUUCCUCGCACGUACUGCAGUUGAGAACCACCAAGCGGCUUUUCUUUGCUCCCCGAGGAUGCGCCGUCACCUCCUAGACAACGUUUUAUGGUUCCUAUGAGAGGAGAAAGUAGCUACCAUGGCUAUAAACAACAGCUACUUUGCCAUGCCUAUGAACAUGGAUAGGGUUUGCAGGAUAUGUUUGUCAGAGAAUACCAAUUUGUCACCAAUAUUCUGUAACAAUCAGGAUACUAAUAACCUUGUAGAUCUACCACAAAAAAUUCAGAUUUGUGGAGAUAUUGAGUGCCACGAGCAAGAUGGUUUGCCUUCAAUGAUUUGCGAUGUUUGUAUAUACAAGGCUAAUUUUGCUCACGAGUUCAGACAAUUGUGCCAGCUCUCUGAUGCUAGAUUGAGACUAUAUUAUAAUAAACCUUCUAAGUAUAGUACUGCCGAUCCUAUUACGGAAGAUGUAAAAAAGGAUGAAGUAUUACAAAGUGAUUAUUUUUCCAAGCAAGAAGUAAUCAGUAGUCAGCAGUACCAUGAUACAAUGUCAACUGAAACUUAUACAACCGAACCCCAAGCCAAUUCAGUUGUAACAACAAUUGAAUCAGCUAUGCCUUCCGUUAACAUAUCUGUUGAAGAUGAAAAAUUAUUUCAUUUGAGCUUCGAAGAGCAAACCAAGGAGGUUGACAAAAAUGUAAUUGUACCUUGUGAUACCCAAUCAGUGACAUGUACUCAAGAAAUGAUUCCUGUUACUACAAAUUUAAUCGAUGAUGUUUGCACCAUUGAAACCAGUAUGAGUACUACUGAUAAUGAAGUGAAAGAUGAAGUUACAUACUUCAACUACAUUACAAAAGAUAAUCAAAGCAUUGAACAAAACAAUGAUCUGGAGAAACAAACGUUAUCUGACGUGGCCCAGGUAGAAAAUAAUUAUGUAGAGCCACUGACUAGCAAUAAUCAAGCUAUAGAUGACAUGAAGUUUAGAUGUGAGAAGUGUUUGAAGUUUUAUACAACUGAAAAAGGAUUAAAAAAACAUUUAGAAAGCCAUGAGAAUCAACAUAAAUGCGAGGUCUGCUUAAAGGAGUUUGUCAAGUUGGAUGCCUUGGAAAAGCAUAGGAACACUCACUCUACGAAACCGCACGCCUGCAAGGAAUGCAACGCAAGUUUUAAUAAAUCCUCGAGCCUCGUGAAACACAUGAAGGUUCAUGUGAAAUCCAGCGAGCAUAAAACCGAAGUUUUUCUAACAGAGACGACAACAAUAAAGAGCGACUCGGAUUCGGAUGACGAUCAACGCGAAGAGAACGGUUUCGAGAAUGCUCCAGAGAUUUUCAAGUGCGACGAGUGUGGUCAGCAAUGUUCAACUCUGAAGAAUCUCAAACGUCACACUUUAAUCCACGGCGAGAGAAAAUACUCAUGCACCGUUUGUAAAAAAUGGUUCUUCCGUCCGGAUACGUUGAAAAAGCAUGCUGAGCGUCACGGUCACGGUCUACUCGACAAUCUCAAUGACAGCAAUAAGUUGUAUGAAUCGGAUGACGAUUCAUUUCCCAGUGCCGAUAAGGAUGUGAAAAAGGAAGACAGUGACGAAGACGGUGCAGCUACGGGCGAGUACAAGUGUCAGUACUGCGACAAGGUGGUAGCUUCGAAGAAAGGCCUUCGUCGGCAUGUGGUCAUGCACAAGCCCAAACCUGAGCCUGCAGUUUGUGAGGUCUGCAAAAAGGUGUAUGCAAGUCGAGCUCGUCUUGCUCUUCAUCAGAAAACCCAUGCCAAACCGAAGGAGAAGGUACCACGAGAAUACCUUUGCCACAUAUGCAGCAAAGUCUAUCCCAGCAAUUCAUCUCUCACCUACCACAUGCGCACUCAUACGGGCAUUAAGCCUCACGUCUGUAAAAUCUGCAAUAGUGGCUUCACCACCACGACAAGUCUAACGAAUCACAUUCGCAUUCACACCGGGGACAAACCAUUCGUUUGCCAUGUUUGCAGCGCAGCUUUUGCUGUAAGCUCUGCAUUCAGACGACACCUUACAAGGCACACUGGCGAAGCCAAUUACUUGUGCAAAACUUGUGGCAAAGCCUUCAAACGACUGAGUACUCUGAAGGAACAUACGUACACCCACUCGGGUGAGAAGCCAUACGUUUGCAAGACCUGCGGUGCUGCUUACAGUCACAGCGGCAGUCUAUUCGCGCAUCAAAAGCGCUGCCGUGCUCAAUUCAAUGAAAUGGUUAUUGACGAACAUCAUCAUUCACCUGUGACUGCUGCUAGCCAUCAUCACAUUCACGUAAACAGCGUGCAGUCGGCUGUGCGCUCGCUCACUGUGAUAGGCCAGAUGUACUGACCUGCUGCCUAACUAUCUCUAUAUUUUUUCAUACGGACACUUUUUUUAUCGUUAGUUUUUUUCGACAUUGUAACAUAGUUUAAUAAAACA